GUUAGGAUUGAGCAGGUGAUUGUUGCUGAACCAGGAGCAGUUUUACUGUACAAGAUUUCUAAUCUUCUCAAGUUCUACCACCAUACAAUCAGUGGUAUUGUAGGAAACAAUGCAGCCACACUGCUAACAACAAUUGAAGAAAUGCAUUUGCUGAGCAAGAAGAUAUUCUUUAACAGUCUGAGUCUUCAUGCAAGUAAACUAAUGGACAAGGUUGAACUCCCACCUCCAGAUCUUGGCCCAAGCUCUGCGCUAAACCAAACACUAAACUUGCUGCGGGAGGUUCUGGCAUCUCACGACUCAUCUGUUGUUCCUUUGGAUGCCCGUCAAGCUGACUUUGUGCAGGUUCUAUCCUGUGUGCUAGAUCCGUUAUUACAGAUGUGUACUAUGUCCGCUAGUAAUUUAGGCACGGCGGAUAUGGCAACCUUCAUGGUAAAUUCACUUUAUAUGAUGAAGACAACUUUGGCUCUCUUUGAGUUCACUGACAAACGUCUAGAAAUGUUACAGUUUCAGAUUGAAGCUCAUUUAGAUACACUCAUAAAUGAACAAGCUUCCUAUGUGUUAACUAGAGCUGGUCUAAGCUACAUAUAUAACACAGUGCAGCAACAUAAACCACAACAGGGUCCACUUUCAAAUUUGCCAAGUCUAGAUUCAGUGUCCUUGAAGGCUGCAAUGGCUCAGUUUGAUCGCUAUCUGUCUGCUCCAGAUAGUCUAUUAAUGUCCCAGCUGAAUUUCCUUCUGAGUGCCACUGUAAAGGAGCAGAUAAUAAAACAGUCAACGGAACUGGUCUGCAGAGCUUACAGUGAGUUAUAUGCGGCUGUGAUGAACCCCUCAAAUGAAUAUAAGGAUCCAGAAACCAUCCUGCACAGAACUCCUCAUCAAGUCCAGACAUUGCUUUCAUAGUCUUACUUCCUCCAGAAUUAUCAGAAUUCAUAAUACUGUAUUUGCUUGUAUUGUGUUUUUCUGUAUUGAGUUUUGAAUUAUAACUAUACAGUUAAAAUAUAUAGGAAUGCUGUUUAUUUAAUUUGCUUGACAGAAGUCUAGUCUUUUCUGUGUCUUGAUUACUUUCUGUAGGCCAGAAAAUAGAGUAUAAAUUAAAAAUAAUUUUAAUGUGUUUCUCCAAUGGACAUGAACCUUCACAAAAUGCAAUCUCUUUGAAAAAGGGAGUAAAGGAGAAAGAAGCUUUUCCCUUGCUGUACAUAAUCCUUUC